AUGACUGUUUUGGAGACUCUUCGGCAUCGCACAGUUUAUGCGGACAUUAGCGUCUCACACAAGCUGUCGCAGGAUGAUGUUUAUGAGGGGUAUUUCGUUGACAAGGGCUCGCUGGUUCACACGAAUAUCAGUAUCAUCCUCCAGAAUCCGAAGCAGCACCCCGGCAAAGACUCUUUCAACCCCGGUCGAUACCUCGAUCUCUCCUAUCCUACUCACCGAGAGCCGCCGUCUGACUACCCAAAAGUCCAAGAGUCGAUAGCGUUUGGCGCUGCGCGUGUCCAGGCGCUCCCUUCACCGAGCGCAGCCUAA